GAACAAUGAAAUAAAAUAGCAGAUAUUACUAUAGUCAAGUAUAGUUGGGAACAAAAUUACAAACAAUUGAAACAAGGAUCACUUAGAACAGGAGAUAUAUAAGAAGAAGUAGUGAAUUGAUGGAAAAUAAUACCGAAAGUGAGGGUGAAAUAUUUCAUGAAAUAAAAAAGCGAAAUGAGGACACAUCUGAAAAUAUUGGAGAAAUAAAAACGAUUAAUAACGAAUGAAGACAAGCAGAGGAAGAAAAUUCGGCAAUUGAAAUAUCAAGUAGUGUAAAGGAAUGACGAAUGAAGAGAUAACAGCGCAUAAAAGCGACGAAAUGGAAAAGGACAAAUUGUCAAAGAGAGACGAAAGCAAGGAAUCCGACGGAGAAGUCUCGAGUAAAAAUGAAAGCAAUGGAAUCGACGGAGAUGCCUCGAGUAAAAAGGAAAGUAAUUUAACCGACGGAGAAGUCUCGAGUAAAAAGGAAAGUAGUUUAACCGACGGAGAAAUCUCGAGUAAAAAGGAAAGCCUAUACAAAACAUCGAAAACUCAGAAGAGAAAUAGAUGUUCUAUUUGUGAUAAAGAAUUUCAGGCCCCAUCACAAUUAAGACAGCAUGAAAAAACACACAUGGGUAUAAAACCGCAUUCUUGUCAGGUAUGUUUUAAACAAUUUCUGAAUAAGUCGAAUUUGUUCCGUCAUCAACUAAUACAUACUGGUGAGCGGAAAACUUGUCCCGUGUGCAAUAAAACAUUCGCUGCAUCAUCGAACAUGAUCGAACAUCGACGAAUACAUACGGGGGAGAAAUUCUAUCAGUGUUCUAUUUGUAAAAAAGAAUUCCUUCGCAAGUCUUGCUACAUAAGGCAUAAAGCUACACAUUCAGAUUUAAAACCAUUUCCAUGCGAUAUUUGCAGUAAACUUUUUAAAAGUAGAGACACAUUGGCGAGCCACAAAAAGAUACACAGUGGCGAAAAGCCAUUUAGUUGUUCUGUAUGCGGAAAAGACUUUAUCGACAAGAGCCAUCUGAGACGACACGAACAAAUUCAUGUUCAUAAACCUGCCUUUGGUACCGUGAUACAUAAAGGCGUCCAAAAAACUUUAUAUUUACAAAAACACCUAAAACUGUAUGGCGACGAAAAGCCUUUUGUGUGUACUCUUUGUGGAAAAAGAUAUAAAAAGUCGUCAAGUUUAAGAUUACACGAAAGGGUACAUAGUGGAGAUUUGAAAACAUAUACAUGUUCAACUUGUGAGAAAGAUUUUAGAGGAAGAUAUGAUUUAACAAUCCACGUCAUGAGAACACAUUCCGGUGAGAGACCUUUCUCGUGUUCACUAUGCAAUAAAACAUUCAAGUGUAGAACGGACUUAAACAUGCACAAACGUAUCUACACUGGCGAUAUACCUUAUUAUUUCUGUACAGUGUGUGAUAAAUCGUUCAGCGCGAGAACGACCUUGAAAAUCCACAUCGAUGUUAUACACAAAGGAGCCAAGCCUUAUAAGUGUUCAGUUUGUGGCAAAGAUUUCGGUAGAAAGCAAAUUAUGCUUAAACACGAGAAGACCCACAACAAAGAGCGACAUAUCUGCAAAGUUUGCAAUAAGGAAUUUACAAAGGCGAGUGUCUUGGAAACCCAUGUAAUCGGUCACAAUGGACAAAACCCAUAUAUUUGUUCAAUAUGUGGUAGAGGUCUCAAGUCACCCAAAUGUUUGAAGAAUCACAUGAAAACUCAUGAGGAAUACAGGAAGUCAUACUUUUGUUCUUUUUGUCAAAAGGAGUUUAUUUCCAGACCUGGCUUACGAAAACACGAAAGAGCUCAUUCUGGUGAUCAUGGAAAUAAACGUCACAAGUGUCAUUUAUGUGAUGAAGCUUUCGUGACUACACAUUCCUUAGAAGCACACAUUUUUACACAUACUGGAGAAAAGCCAUACAAGUGUACUAUUUGUCAUAAAAGCUUCGGAACAACGAAAUACUUGAAAACGCAUGAACGAAGACAUAAAAAAUCUACACAUAGUUGAAACAAUUAUUUGUUGAAAUGAUCUAACAUGUAAUGAGCCGAUAUGGAAAAAAAGUCAUUGGAUUUGUUACCCCUAUUAUUAUUUUUUUUUUUGUAAAUACUAGACACUAGAUUUUAAUGUAGUACUUACGAGAUAACGAAAUACUUAAUUUGUAUAAACAUAUCAUUGUCAUUUUGUUUCUUUUGUUUCUUUUCUGCACAGGCACUUGUCUCAGAAAAAAAAACCUAUAUAUACCUUAAUAUCAGUCUUUUUCUGAAUGUUAUUCCGACAGCCGAGACAUAACUCUGUGUCAACAGUU